AAAAUUGGAUGUAAAAAGAAAAUUAUUAGCACGUUCAGAUAGAGUCAAAUGUGUAGAUCUUCAUCCUUCUGAACCAUGGAUGCUUGCAAGUUUGUAUAAUGGGAAUGUUCAUGUCUGGAAUCAUGAAUCACAACAAUUAGUGAAAUCUUUUGAAGUUUGUGAUUUACCAGUUAGAGCUGCUAAAUUUGUAUCUAGGAAAAAUUGGAUUAUUACUGGUUCUGAUGAUAUGCAAAUACGGGUUUUUAAUUAUAAUACUUUAGAAAGAGUUCAUGUAUUUGAAGCACAUUCAGAUUACAUUCGUUCUAUUGUUGUACACCCAACUCAGCCUUUUAUAUUGACUUCCAGUGAUGAUAUGCUAAUUAAGUUAUGGAACUGGGAAAAACAGUGGAGUUGUACUCAAGUAUUUGAAGGACAUACACAUUAUGUCAUGCAAAUUGUAAUAAACCCAAAGGAUAAUAAUACUUUUGCAAGUGCUUCACUUGAUAGAACAGUAAAGGUGUGGCAGCUUGGUUCAAGUUCUCCUAACUUCACAUUAGAAGGACAUGAAAAGGGUGUCAAUUGUAUAGAUUAUUAUCAUGGAGGUGAUAAGCCAUAUCUUAUUUCAGGAGCAGAUGAUCGCCUUGUAAAAAUUUGGGAUUAUCAGAAUAAAACUUGUGUACAGACAUUAGAAGGACAUGCACAGAAUAUAUCUGCAGUUUGUUUUCAUCCAGAAUUACCUAUAAUUAUGACAGGUUCUGAAGAUGGUACUGUUAGAAUUUGGCAUGCCAAUACCUAUCGUUUAGAAAGUACUUUAAAUUAUGGAUUAGAGAGAGUUUGGACAAUUGCUUGCUUGAAAGGUUCAAAUAGUGUUGCUCUUGGUUAUGAUGAAGGAAGUAUUAUUGUGAAGCUUGGUCGAGAAGAACCAGCUAUGUCUAUGGAUAAUUCUGGAAAAAUAAUUUGGGCCAAACAUUCAGAAUUACAACAAGCAAAUCUUAAAGCAAUGACAGAUGCAGAAAUUAAAGAUGGAGAACGUUUACCAUUGCAAGUUAAAGAUAUGGGCAGUUGUGAAAUUUAUCCUCAAACUAUUUCUCAUAAUCCAAAUGGAAGGUUUGUUGUUGUUUGUGGUGAUGGUGAAUAUAUAAUUUAUACUGCCAUGGCAUUAAGAAACAAAAGUUUUGGAACAGCUCAAGAAUUUGUUUGGGCAUUAGAUUCUUCAGAAUAUGCAGUCAGAGAAAAUAGUACAUCUGUUAAAAUUUUUAAGAACUUCAAAGAGAAGAAAUCAUUCAAACCAGAAUUUGGUGCUGAUGUUAUUUUUGGUGGACAUAUGCUUGGAGUAAGAUCUGUGAGUGGACUUGCUUUUUAUGAUUGGGAAUAUCUUGAUCUUAUUAGACGUAUUGAAAUACAACCAAAGCAUGUAUUCUGGUCUGAAAGUGGAGAAUUGUUAUGUAUUGCAACAGAUGAAUGUUUUUAUAUUCUAAAAUAUAAUCCUGAAGCUGUAACCAAAGCUCAAGAAACUAAAGAAGGAAUGACAGAAGAUGGUAUUGAAGAAUCAUUUGAUGUACUAGGUGAAGUUCAAGAAUGUGUGAAAACAGGAUUCUGGAUUGGAGACUGUUUCAUUUAUACAAAUAGUGUAAACAGAUUAAAUUAUUAUGUAGGAGGUGAAAUUGUCACGGUUGCUCAUCUUGAUAGGACUAUGUAUUUAUUGGGAUAUAUUCCAAAAGAUAAUAGACUUUAUCUUGGUGAUAAAGAAUUAAAUGUUGUUUCCUAUUCCCUACUGUUGUCAGUCUUAGAAUAUCAAACAGCUGUAAUGAGAGCAGAUUUUGAAACAGCAGACAAAGUUUUACCAACAAUUCCGAAAGAACAACGUACAAGAGUUGCACACUUUUUAGAGAAACAAGGUUUUAAGGCUCAGGCAUUAGCUGUUAGCACUGAUCCUGAACAUCGUUUUGAAUUGGCAUUACAGCUUGGUGAUUUGAAGAUUGCUUAUCAGUUAGCUCAAGAAGCUCUGAGUGAACAAAAAUGGAAACAAUUAGCAGAGUUGGCAAUGUCUCGAUGCGAGUUCCAUUUAGCGCAGGAAUGUCUUCAUCAUGCACAAGAUUUUGGGGGUCUUCUUCUUCUAGCAACAUCAUCUGGCAGUGCUUCAACAGUUGCUAAAUUAGCAGAAAGUGCAGAGAAAAUGGGGAAAAAUAAUGUUGCUUUUCUAUCUUAUUUUCUUCUGGGCGAAAAAGAAAAGGCUUUAGAAGUUUUAAUUCAGACUGGGCGUCUUCCAGAAGCCGCUUUCUUUGCUCGUGCUUACCUUCCGAGUCAAGUUUCAAAUAUUGUAAAGUUAUGGAAAGAAAGUUUGAAAAAAGUAAAUGAAAAAGCAUCUCAGGCUCUUGCUGAUCCUGAAGAAUACAAAAAUUUAUUUCCUGGUCUUCAAGAUGCAAUAAUUGCUGAAGAGUUCUUAAAACAGCAAAAUCAAUUUCAUCCUGCUUCUGAUUAUUUGAAAAUUCUUGCAAAUCAUGAAAGAAAUCCCAUAAAUGAAGCUAAAAGUGCUAAAUUUUCAGAAGACUAUAAAGUGGAAAAUGAAUAUGAUCAAGAUAAAAGCAGUGUGUUAACAUCAGAUUUACCCACUUUGCAACAACAAACUGAUAAAACAGAUGAUGCCAAACAAAUAUUUGGAGCAGAAGGAAGGUCUCAUCCAGGACAGUUUGAUUUAUCUCAAAUAGAUGCAGAACUAGAAAUAGAUAUCAACAAUUUGGUUUUAGACGACAAUAUUGAUACAUCGGAUUUUAAUUUAGACGAGGAUUUGUUGAGUGAAGAUUAAUGGAAAAAUGGAAUAUUUCAUAAUUGGUUAUAUUAAAAUAAAAGAAGUUAUUCUAUAUAUAGAAAGAUUCUGGUGAUAUGAUCAAUUUAAUGUCACAUUUCACUUCAGAACAUAUUUCAGAACAUUUAUUGAAAUGUUGACUUUAUAUCAAGAACCAAAUCUACAAUACAAAGUAUAUUUUCGUCUUUUGAGCAUUUUACAUGAUUCUGAAUAAAACUCCUGUCAGCACAAAAUGAAGUAUGUAUAUUUUGUCUUGUAAAUUUGAAGAUGAAAUGCCUGAUACAUGUUGGAAAAAAUACUGCUGAAUUGUAUGUCAUUGUUUAUUUCUAAUUAAAUUAAAAAUAUAAUUAA